CACAAACAGACAAGCACUAAUGCGACGCCAUUGAGUUAGAAGGGGUUCAACGUGCAAUUUUAGUCUUUUAAUUUCUAUUGCUCUUUUUGAGUUGAAACUCUGUUUAGUUAGCAAUGUGUACGAAAAUGAGAACAUUUCAUCCUUUGGCUAAAAGAGAACUGAAAACGGAGGGGUUUACUGUGAAAUCCACCAUGAAGAAUUCAGUGGUGAGUGUGGUGGGCCCUCCAGCUGCAGGGGCUUUCAGAGAGAGGCCAGCUAAACCCACUGCCUUCCGUAAGUUCUAUGAGCGUGGAGACUUUCCCAUCGCACUGGAACAUGACUCUAAAGGCAACCGCAUCGCAUGGAAGGUGGAGAUCGAAAAACUGGACUACCAUCACUACCUCCCGCUGUUCUUUGACGGACUGUGCGAGACAGUUCACCCCUAUGAGUUCUUCGCUCGACAGGGCAUCCAUGACAUGCUGGAGCAUGGUGGCAGUAAGAUCCUGCCUGUUAUUCCACAGCUCAUCAUACCCAUCAAAAAUGCUCUCAACACAAGGAGCAGGCAGGUCAUCUGCACCACGCUGAAGGUUCUGCAGCACCUGGUUGUAUCAGCAGAUAUGGUGGGUGAGGCACUAGUCCCGUACUACAGACAGAUCCUCCCCAUCCUGAACAUCUUCAAGAACAUGAACAAAAACUCAGGUGACGGUAUUGACUACAGCCAGCAGAAGAGGGAGAACAUCGGAGACCUGAUUCAGGAGACGCUGGAGGUGUUUGAACGCUACGGGGGCGAGGACGCCUUCAUCAACAUCAAAUACAUGGUGCCCACCUACGAGUCCUGCCUUCUCAACUAAAUGGAAUGGAGAACUCACUCACAAACACACAAACACAGUCUUAUACAAACAUGUAAACACACCCACCUUAUGUUACAAACCUAAUUUUGGACUUUAUUAAAGUCAUAAUGCAGAUGUUAUGAGUCUGUGCACAACGGCUGUCUGUAUUAGAGAAGACACACACACACACAGCUUCCUGUGAAUAUAAACAGACACAGGUAGCUCAGGGGCCAAUAAAUCUCUCGACUGCAACUAACCUGCAUUUCAUUUUCAUUCUGUAAGGAAUUAUCAAAAGAGAAAGGCAGAAAAUGCGC